CCCUUGAAUCUCUAUGAGCCCUGCGCAGUUACUUUGUCCUCAAAUACUCUGAGAGCGUGGCAAACAGAGUAGAAGGCCUUCUCCAAAUGCUACACAAAUUGCGCAAUGAGAUGCUGCGUGAUGACCUUUCGCUACCCCUUCGCCGUGACUGCCUCAUCCUUUAUUUGAAAUACCUUUGCAUGAUUGAGCCUUUCUUCCCUAUGAAUGCCUCACCCAACCCACCUAUCUUUGUUUGGUACGAUGCCAUCAUCCCUCAUCAGCACUCUUCUCAGCAUAACAUCCAUUUGGAGAAGGCCUCUGUUCUCUUCAACCUCGGAUCCCUCUGCACCCGCAUUGCUCUCUCCUGCGAUCUCACCACCAUCCAUGGCCUUCGCCUUGCCAUGGACGCCUUAAAUGAUGCUUCACGUUGUCUCUCUCGACUGACCGCGUGCGAGUCUGGCCUGGCAUCUGGCACGACUGACUUGUCAGAAUUCUACAUCAAUAUGAUAAUCCGUCAGUUUCCCUACUUGAAAUCGAAGUUUCCUCGUCCCCAAUCUGUUGAAUCAUCCUCAUCAUCACCUAGAUAUCCUGCCUUCUCAGCUUAUAAUCCGGUCAAAUAUGAGCUUUUUGCUUAUGAUCCAAGUGAUGUCACUGAACAAUUUCUUUUGGGAUAUUGUAAGGGUUACUCCAUGGUUCAAGAGGUAUCUGAAGGACGAUUGCCAUGGGAAACACCACCAUGCUUGGACCUUCUCUCUGAGGUUAGCCCUGUCAAGAUUAAGGAUGGAAAUCUUGUGGCUAAUGCAACCUUAGAGGCACCAAAUUCAGCAUUGGAGAACAUGAGCUUGCAGGAGACGACACUACAGUAACAUUACCGUUGAGAAAAGCUUUAGGACUUAACUUUUUUACUUUGUUGGUUGAUGCUACAACUUUGAUCUCCUAGUUAUUGCGGGUUAUUGUUGCAUAUCCGUAAACUGAACUUAUUCAGUGUUUCCAAUUUCCAUCAAUGCCUAGGAAUUUUAAACAAGCAAAUAAUAUUGUUUCA